AUGAAUGUUGAUGACCGAAUAAAUUUGGGUUUUGAGAAUAAUAUUGGUGAGGAAACCAUUAGACAUCUGCAUAAUCCAGAAAUACAAAUAGAAUUUGAAGGCAUAAAUGUUAAUGACAAAAUAAAUUUGGCUUUAGAGGUGAAUAAUAUAGACGAGACUAUUGAAAAGAAGAAUUUAGAAGACAAUGUUGAGAGCAAAAAUCUUGUUGAGGGUGGUGAAAUGAUUCGUGGGGAGAAUAUUAGGGAGGGGAAUAUUGUAGACAAGGUGGUUGGAGACAACAUAGGUAAGAGCUCAAUUGUUACACCAAAACACAAUCCAAAAGGUAUAUCUAUUGAUUUUUUCCCUUGGUCUGAUUCAUUCACAGAAAAAAAUGGAUGA